AUGAAUUUUACUGCCAAUGCUGUCUAUAAUAAAGCUUAUCAACGUUCAUUGAAUAUAAACGGUACUUUAUAUAAAAUAAGUCCACAAAAAAAAGUUUGGUUUACGAUUGAAAAUGGUACACUAUUUGGUUUACCACUUUUCGGAGACCAUAGUGGUCCAUUUUUUAUUCUAUUUCAACAAAACGAAAACUUAGGAAAGAACAUGAUUGAAUUACAAUUAAUAUUUGAUUUUCAAUUACCAUCAACGUUAUAUUAUCCAUCAAAUCAUUUAUUAUUAGGUUUAUUUAAUAUAUCAUCAACAUUAUAUCAUUCAUCUAUUCAUAAUCGAUAUUUAUUAAUUCGUACAUUGUCACAAGCUCUAAGUGUUAGUGAACAAACAUUGACUGUACAUAAAAUAAAUGGUUCAAUGAUAAAAGUAUAUUUUUCCUAUGAUAUUUAUUCCACUUCAACAACAAAUUUAACUAAAUUAUUAAAAAUAAUGAUUGAUCGAUUUUAUUCCAGACGUUUAAUGUUAAUAUCCUUAUUAAAAUUACCACUUAUAGAAAUAUCGAUUGUACGUUCAUUUAAACAUACCAUUAUCACCACCACUACAACAAUAAUAAAAAAACCAACUAUCCCAACAACAUUAGUCAAUUAUUUUUAUUCAGUUGAUUAUUUCAGUCCAUUAUCAGUUAAACAAAUGAAUAUUUUUUCAUCAAAAUUAACAACAGCUACCGUAUUGAUGAACAAUAGGACAAACACUAAAAAUGCUCUAGUAUUAUUACUAAAUAAUGUAUCGUUACCAUUGACGAUAAUUCCGUUAUCUAUAAUAAUACUUGGACUAUUAGCAUGUUCAAUUAUUGGAUGUUGUCUUUGUUGUAAAAGACGUUCAUCAUCAUCUUCAACAUUGUUAUUAUCUAAUGGAAGUCAAACCGGUCCAAACAAACAUUUUUAUCAUCAUUAUUAUCAUCAUAAACAUCAUCGUCUACGAAAUUCACAACAAGAUCAACGACAAUAUAUUAGCAAAGGUAUACCUGUUGUAUUUGCUGAAGAAUUAGACGAACGUCCUCAUGAAUCGCAUACACCGCUUGUUAUGCGUAUCGAAAAGCCACCAUUGUAUGAACAAACUACUAUUACAACAACAUCAUCAUCAUCCUUACCUCCAGAAUAUACACCAAUUUCUUCUUUGACACAUUUUAUCUCUUAA